CGGACACAGGUACGGCGGCGGCAGGAUUGCGUACAUCAUUCGUGCCCACCAUUUCGAUCCGGCCCGGGACGGUUUGACGAUCGUUCGGCCCUGUGCUAUUGUUUCUGUGCCGCCAGUCGCUUCUUUUCCGUCGCUGCGAGCGCGUUGUUGUGCUCUUAUCGCGCGUGUUUCGGUGUGUUACGGCCACUAAAGCCACUGUCGCGUGUCGAUCGUGCAGUCGAAGUGCAAUAUUUGUGUGCUGCUUUUGAUGUUGAGAUUUAUGCAGCAGUCCUGUGUGAUUGUGCGAUAUUGUCAUUCUGGUUGUAGCCAGUAAGUUGUGUGUGUGAUUUUGUUUUAAGCAGCUUAAGCGCAGUGCUCGUCCAAUCCAACGCAGACGCAAGAGAAGCCGACUGUCAGUGGGGUCCAGGAUUGAUGGGUGUUGUAGGAUUGUAGUAGCAUGGUAUUUAGGGGGUUAUUUUAGCAACAGCAAAACAAAAACGCAAUCAUUAACGCACCACUUCGCAGCCCACCCCCCUGGGUUUUAUGCAGCUAGUCCUUGGCACGCGUGUGAGGCACUCUGGUGGCGCGCAACGCCGAAUAUGACACACGCUUUGACGGGCGACUGUCAAAGCAACCACAUCGCACCGCGGGUCUGACAUACGGACGAACCACCCUUACGCGAUGCCCACCAUGUCUUCCACGUGGAUCGAGGAGCGGCCGGGCGAACACGGCGGUAGUCCGGUCGCGCGACGACCGCACCGCGACGGCUCGGAACCAUGCUCGGACGUGUUCAGCAACAUCAGCAACCAGAGCGCCGGUUCGGGCCGGUCGUCCGGUGUACGCCGGUUCGGGGACAUCUUCCGCAACCGGCUGAAACUGGCCGGCGUGGCCGCGAUGCGCACAUUCAACGAAAGCUUCCCCCAGGAGUGUAAGAUACACACGGACGAGGAGAACGGUGUGGAGACGCCCUCGCCGAAGGGGGCGCAAGCGGGUGCCAAAGCGGUAGGCCGGAUGGGCGAAUCGUUCGAUUGUUCGCUCGAUGCGGUGCUGGUGAACGAACGGGCGACCGGACGCCGGGAUCGAACGUUCACCGAGCGCAGCAACACACUGACAGGCACUGGUGGAACGGCGAUGACGGGGAAAGGUGCUGUAGGAGCUGGCGGUGGUGCCGGUGCUGGAGGGUUGCGAUCGCGCCGCAGCUCGACAAUGUUCCGCCAGCGGACCACCGUACAGCGUACUUCGAGUGGAAUAAACGCCAAGACUUUUACUGAGGACGAGGUGAGCGAGAAGAGCGAACCGACGACCGGCAAAGGUGGACACCCGCGGCACACGCGCAAAGAGGACAGCAAAAAGACCAAACCGGACGAUGCGGCCCCGGUGGCACCCCGGACGACUGACUAUCCCGGCGGCGGCAACGGCGGCAAGGCGCUGCCGGUGGGUGAGCGGGGCCGGCUGGCAACGACGCAUCCGCGCACCAGCAUUGUGCACCGCGAACCGGUGGACGAGGUCGUCGUUGGGAAGCCGCCGAGCCGUGAACGCGUAAACUCUACCUCACACUACUCGACCGAGAAGAGUGGCUCGUCGGGUUACUACAGCACCAACCUCUACUCGACCGGUGGCAGCUCGGUGGACGAGCACAUCUACUGCGAGCCGAUCGAUCGGCGUAGCCCGCGCACCGAGCGGCUGGACGACGAGGAAGAAGUCCCCGCGAAGCGUUCGGGAUCGGACCCUGUGUCCAAACCGGCAAGCCAGGGCGCAGGCGAGACGGGAAAGACUGGUGCGAGCUGUGAUAGGAACCGGCGCGGGAACGAUCAAGAGCUGUCGGAGCUGCAGCGCAACAUUCGAGGGCUGGAGCAGUACUACUAUCCCUCGCCGCUGGCGUCCCCGGCCGUUCCAGUGCAGCUGAGUGUGAUGCGCGCGUCCGUCAUACAGCAGCAACCUUUACAUUCGUCGGCGGGCAUCGGGCCCGAGGGAGAACCACGUCCGGAAAGUGGCUGUGAAGUGCAAGAUCAGCAACAGUCGCAGGAGCAGCAGGAACAGCAGCAACUGUCCGUAAUCAUGGAGGGCAACGAUGGUCAAAUUCCGCGGCCCAUCUGGCCCCUGGACACGGACGACUCGCUGAUGGACAUUAAUCUGGAGUCGUUUCGCAUGGCGAACCACAGCAGUCAGAACUUGAUCGGUUUCGAGAGUCCGUCGCUGUCCUCGAUCUCCGAGAGUGAAAUGUACGCGAUCCGCGAUCAAGCGAUGGAAGGGGCCGGCGAUGGAGGCACGCAAAGCCGCAAGAAGUCACAGUACGAGGAGUAUCUCGAGUUUCAUAACACACGCAACAUACUGGAGCAGAUACGGGGUAAGCUGAACACGCUGCUCGAACAGCGCACUGAGCAGCAGCAGCAGAAGCAGCAGGAAGAUCAUCCAGCUCAGCGGAUACCGAAGACGGGCAAUCCGUUCGUGAAGGAUGCGGGACCGAGCGAGACGGAGCUGGAAAAGAACAUUGCCAUUCUGAAGGCGGAUCUGGACGGGUAUCUGCGCACGAUGAACCAGAAGAAUGAGAACGAGAUCCGGCGCUUCUGCAAGGGAAUGAGCCGGGAGCCGAAAGUGGUGGCCGUACAGAAUGCGGUCGAGCAGCGAAACCGAUCACGAUCUGGAUCCAUAUUGAGUCUCGAGCAUGAUUACGAAAUGCUGGAGCGAGCUGGGGUCGUCCCAUACCCGACGUCCUGUGGUUCGGAGUUACCCUACUAUCAAGUUCUUCCACCGGAUAUCUGCGAGGGACGUCCGCCGGCAGCACUGCCCGCCGCCGCGCUGAUGCUAAACCGACGCAGCCCACCGAAUCCGUUCGCCCAGGAAGUUCGACAGCAGGGCGGUGGGCAGUCGGGGUCGAUUGGUGGACUGCACUCACUGUGUUGCCAGCAGCGCUAUCUGAACAGUGACGAAAUUCGGGUCUGCAACCGGUACGGUGGCUGCGAGCGGACGGACCCGAAUGCCAUGACCAUCGACAUGCCGGACAGUGAUGACGGUGAGGUUGGGAAGACGUUCGUGUCCGGCCGUGCUCCUGCUGGUGUUGAUUGUCGAAGUGUCAGUAUUGGUAUGCCAGAGGAAGAAGCCAGUGGUGGUGGUGGUGUUGGUGGUGAUAGGGCAAAGCAUGGGUCGCGCGUGAAGCUGAAAGCGGACCCACCGGAUGGGUGCCCCGGUGCGAAGGGUGAUUGUUUGAGUGAUAGUGGGAGCGGGGGGCCACAUAUGGCCCAUUGUGAUUUCAAUCAGCUGCAGCGCAAUAUCACGCUCGAGCGCAUCAUCCUGAUGGAGAGCCUGGGCAAGUCGCGCAACGGCCAGUUUGGCGAUAAGGAGAAGAUGCUGCUCGAGUGGCACCAGAACAAACCGAGCUGCUGGGAGCUGUACUACGGUGCGAACCGGGAGGAGCAUCCACCCCACCAGACGCUGAUUCGGAAGAUGAAGCUCGGCCGCAAGAGCACGGUGUGCAUUUCUUACCCCUCAACCCGUCCCGAGUCGGACUUUACGCUGGACGUACCGCGGGCCGAGCAGCUGCGGCUGAAGAUGAAAAAGGAAAAGCAGUUCCGGAGCCGCUGCCGUUGGUUUUUCUAUUUCCUGAGCAUCGUCUUCUUCCUGCUGUCCGUGAUGGUGGUCAGCUUGAUACUGACGCGUGGAAAGCGCAUGUUCGGGAGUAUGAUUUGAGUUUGAGUUAGCCCGGGUCAAUUCGUUCGCCCCGGGGUUGGAUCAUCCUAGUAGGUGUGCUGUAUAAUAUUUGCCUUUACCAGUUGAUAACGAAAAACCUAAGAAGCGCUUCAUGUUUUCCAACGCAGGACUGGUGCCUACCACUUUUAGUCCCGUUUUUUUAAAUCGUUAUCCUAAAUUUUAAUUCCUGUCAAACUAAGCACUACCGCACCGGGAUUGAUACCGCCUGUUUUUGUUUUGUUGAAUAUUGUAUUUGUUUUUGUUUGUAUGUCCCCCUCCUCUGCUGCCGAGAUGAUUGUUUUAUAUUGAACAUUCCUGUCUGAACUGGGAUACAGGGAAGCGUUUAAUUUCCAGUCUCCAGAAAGCUCUAGAACGACCGCCGGAAGCCGACGCCGCAGCCAUGCGAUACGGCGAUCGAAUUGACAGUACAUCCCUCGACAAUUUUCCCACGAUUUCGUCCCAUCUCCUAAUAAGCAUCCCGCAGUCUCUCGGCAGGCAGCAGCGCGGGACAUGAGCUAUGAGUUGAAAAUAAUGAUAAUUUAGUUUUGAUUUUGAUCGAUGUUUUGAAA